GCCCUUAACUAUUGCUAGAUGUUAGUCAUGUCUAUGGUAAAGUACGGUCAUAGGGACCUUUAAUCUGUUCCGUUGCAUUUAGUUCAUUACAGUGAAGUCUCUGUACGGCGAGAGGAGGUUUCUGAGAAGGAGUGGCAUCAUUUCUAAGACCCUGAUUGUUUUCUCAACCUACUGCUCCCGUAGUAGUUGAGCCAGCCUGACGAGGACGCCGUGGCAAAACAGGUGACGGCGGAAGGGCUUUGGAUGCGAGUCCUCUGCGCGCUGCUGUGGGUGGGCCUCGUGGGGGCACCUCACCAGCAGCAGGACAUACAGGAGUCAGUGGCUCAGCACGCUAUUAAACUGUACCGUGGCCGCGGAGCUGGGGCUUCUGUAGGGCACCGAUGGGUGCGGGAGAACUGCCAGAUGCUGACAGGUCUGCUACGGCAGAAAAAUGCAGCCAUCCGGAAGCUGUCAUUAGCAGCGGUGGCAGCCAAGAAUGACCCCACACUUUCACAGUCCGAGCGCCUGUACCAAGUGCGCACGCUGGAGGUGUUUGAGCGUGAGCUGAAUGAAAGCGAACACUCGGUCUUCCAGGCUGCACUGGGGCUGCAGAGAGUACUCCAUGGGGACUACAGGGACGUGGUCAGCAUGAAGCACAGCAGCAGGCUCAGGCUUGAAGCACUCAGGGAGGCUGCUAUUAAGGAGGAGAAAGAGUACUUGGACCUGUUGGCUGCAGAGAAGCACCAGGUGGAAGCGUUGAAGAUCGCUAAGGACCAGAACAGAACUCUCUCCAUGCUUGAGGGGAUACUGGAAGAUGUGAGGAAGGCUGCUGAUCGCCUGGAGGAAGAGAUUGAGGACCAUGCGUUUGACUACAAGAAAGAGGGGAUGAAUGUUGAAGCAGUGCUGAGGGUAGACGCUGAUGAGACUCUGAAAAACAAGAAUACUUCCCACAGGGACCCACCUGAGCAGAACCUGGGCCUCAGCAUGCUCAUCGACUCCCAGAACAACCAGUACGUCCUCACCAGACCCAGAGACUCCACCAUGUCCCGUGCCGAUCACCACUUCAUCAAGGAUGUGGUAUCAAUAGUGAUGCUGUCUUUACCGUGUGGAUGGCUGUGCAUUCAGAUGGGCCUCCCUCCCAUGUUUGGUUACAUCAUGUGUGGGGUUCUGCUCGGGCCAUCGGGGAUGAACACUAUCAAGUCUAUGGUUCAGGUGGAGACUCUCGGCCAGUUUGGUGUGCUCUUCACCCUGUUUGUGGUGGGACUGGAGUUCUCGCCAGAGCAGCUUCACAAGGUCUGGAGGAUAUCUGUGCAGGGCACCUCUUGUCUAAGCCUGCUGAUGAUUGGAGCAGGCAUUGUGUGGGGGCAGCUCCUGAAGCUUCAUAUCUCCCAGACGGUGUUUGUGUCCAGCUGUCUGUCUCUGUCUAGCACCCCACUGGUGUCCAAGUUCCUCUCUGGGGCCUCCCGAGCUGAAAAGGAAGGUGAGCUGGAACCCAGCAGUGUAUUGCUUGGCAUGCUGGUGAUGCAGGAUGUCCAGUUGGGUCUGUUUAUUGCCGUCAUGCCAACCCUCAUCCAGGCAGGGGGUGGAGCUAUGGACAGUUCUGUAGCUGGGGCGCUCCACGUGCUGGGGCUGCUGUUCCAGGUGCUGGUCUUCCUGGCUGGAGUGCUACUGCUGUGUUUUUUCCUGAGGUCUUUCGUGAUUGGCCCCUUCUACAGGAAGCUCCAUGCUGAAUACCGGGGCAACAAAGAGAUCAUGGUGCUGGGCACCAUAGCCUUCAUGUUCCUCAUGCUGAUGGUGACUGAACUCCUGUAUUUGUCUAUGGAGCUCGGCUGCUUCCUGGCUGGGGCCCUUAUUUCAUCUCAGGGUCACAUGGUAACCUCUGAGGUGCUGCGCUGCAUUGAGCCAAUCAGAGACUUCUUGGCGAUAAUAUUCUUUGCUUCCAUUGGUCUCCAUGUGUUCCCCACCUUUGUGUUGUAUGAGCUGACCAUCCUGCUGGUUUUAACUCUGUCAUUGGUCAUCUUGAAGUUUCUCAUGGCAGUGCUGGUUCUCUCCACCAUCCUGCCACGCGGCUCUCGUCACAUCUGCUGGCUGGUGUCGGCAGGGCUGGCACAGGUCAGCGAGUUCUCUUUUGUGCUUGGCAGCCAAGCCCGGCGCACUGGAAUCAUUUCUCGAGAGGUCUACCUGCUUGUCCUUAGCGUCACCACUCUGAGUCUGCUCUUGGCACCAGUGUUGUGGUGGGCUGCCAGGCUGCGCUUUGUCCCUCACAUGGACCGCAAGCUGCUCACCUGAGCUACUGUUCACCUGAAGUGGUCACUGCAGUCUCGGCUGUGCAGAGGAGUUCAUCCCUAUUGUGGCAGCACUGAUUGGAAAAGCCAUGAUCUGCAACCAAGGGGUCCAGCGGGUGUGGAGGUGUUCCCUUCCCUCCAGAGAGAGGAGGUGACUGACUGGAGGGCAUGGUGCCCUGUCAGGUCAAGUGAAGUAAACCGGGUGGAAUAUGUUAUUGUUAUAUUUCAUUUGUUCAACUACUGCUUCAUCAAUUGUUUACUGGUGUAGGUGAUUUAUGUUUAAGAUGUUUUGAUAAUUUAUAAUAUAUAUCAUUGAAUCAUUGAAUUGUAAACCUUUGGUGUAAAGGCCCUUGCCAUUAAAAACUGUCAUUAGUGGUUUUGCCAGUAACCCUAGACAUAAAUGUACAGGUACAGUUGUGCUUGAAAGUUUAUGAACACCCCCAGAGAUUUCUGAAAAUUUGUAUAAAUAUGAAAUAAAAUGUGAAUCUAAGUAAUCAACAUUGAUAAAGGGAAGCCAGUGAAAUAUGUAUUGACAAAAUGGUGUAUUUAUUGAUUUGUUGACAAAAUGAUCCAACAUUAAAAGCCAUGGUAAAUACAAA